ACUUAAUACUAAAUAUUUUUUUAUAUAAUUUUAUUAAAUAUUUAACGAUUAGACCUUAAUAUUAUAGGUAUAGAAUUAGUUAUUUUGAAAAUUACACUUUAGUUAGUUAUUACCAAGCUAAUUAUUAAAUAUAGUACAUUGAGACUCAAUAUUAUAAUAAGUCUCUAAAAUACUAGUUAGCUUAUUACUGUUCUUAUUGUAUUUGUUUUAGUAUUUUGACCAUUAAAAAUUGAUCUUAAGAUGUCAGAACAGCCAGAUUUUAGUAAAUUUCAAUUUAAAAGGAUUUUAAUGAAUGACACUCAGCGCAAGAUGGUAGCUGUUGAAGGAAAUUUUAAUGGGUGCUCCAAACCGGCAGUUAUUGUAAUGGAAAAGUACGCUUUUGACAAAGCUUCAAUAAUGAAUGUAUGUAGUUCUGGUACCAAAUUCACUAAAGAUGUUGAAAAUGAUGUCUACAAAUCAUUUACUUGUGUGCCUCAAUAUAAUGAAAAUAUCUCUUCCAACAAAAUGGAUUUAAUACACCCAGCGACCCAAAAACAUAUUUUAAAGUUUUCCAGUCAACCUUUGUACAUAGUUCAAGAGACUAAAGAAAUGUAUCAAGAAAUAACACUUCCUUUCAUAUUAGAUAAUAGUUUAUCUUUACAAUGGGUUUAUAACUGUUUGGAAUACACAUCUGAAAAAGAAAGAAUUAAAUAUGAUACUGCAUGCGAAAAAGAUAAAGAUGAUAAUCUUAAUGGAUUUUUACUUAUACCAGACUUAAAGUGGUCUGGAAAAUUAGACGAGCUUUAUUUAUUAGCUAUUAUAAAAAGAAGAAAUAUAAAAUCGUUGAGAGAUUUAACGUCGAAACAUUUACCGCUUUUAAAAAAUAUUUUAAACAAAGGAACGGCUGCUAUUUAUAGGUUGUAUGGCGUUCCUUUAUCACAAUUACGUAUUUAUGUACAUUACCAACCUUCAUUUUAUCAUUUUCACGUGCAUUUUACAUAUUUAAUGCAUAUUCCACCAGGAAUAAAUACUGAAAAAGCACACUUACUUUCAACAGUUAUAAACAAUAUUGAACUGCUAGGUGAUUACUACCAAUCAUCCACUAUGAAUUUUGUUAUAAAAGAAGGUGACCCUUUGUUUAGCUGUUUUGAAGAUAAAGGAAUCCUUUCUAAAAGCAAGCUACUUAUUGAAAGCAUUAAACAAUGAUUUUACCAUAGUAAAAACAAUAUAUUAAAAUAAUUAUA